CUUCAUCAUGUGUUGAAUGUAGGUGCUGCUAUGGUGAUGUCAAUCAUGUUGGCCCCUCCUCCUCUGAUCUUUCUCCUUAUGAUUCACGAAGUUUAUAGUGCUGAUGAUGGGUGGGGUGUGAAUUACAGCCCUUCAUACAUCUGUGCACUAAAGGGUUCAACAGUGAUAAUAAACUGCACUUAUAAAUAUCCUACUGGAUAUAAGAUCGAUAAAGUGUUCUGGACUAAAAUUAAGAGUGCUGAUCCUCCAGAUCUGUUUAAUAACUCUGAAUACAGUCAGAGGAUUCGGUAUCUGGGAGAUCAACAUCACAACUGCACCAUGAGACUGACUGAUGUGAGACAGACAGAUUCACACAAAUACUAUUUCAGAUUCAUCACUGAUAAACCUGAUGGGAAAUGGCUUGGAAGACCUGGAGUGACUCUUGAUAUAACAGAUCUUCAGGUGGAGUCUUCAGGUGAGAGAGUGACAGAGGGACAUUCAGUGAAUCUUACAUGUAAAAGCAGAUGCAGUCUGACUGACAGAUCAACAUUCAUCUUGUAUAAAAACACACAGUCAUUAAGUGAGAGAACAGACAGAAAAAAUCCACUCAUCCUGCAGUCAGUAAGAAGAGAGGAUGCAGGCAACUAUAGCUGUGCUGUACAGGGACACAACCUCACAUCACCUCAUCAAUAUCUCAAUGUCACCUAUGCUCCAGAUAAACCUGAAAUCUCUGUCAAUCCAUCUGGUGAAAUAAUGGAGGGUGAUUCAGUGAAUCUGACCUGCAGCAUUAAAUCAAAUCCACCUGCUCAGAACUACAGCUGGUUUAAGGUGAAUGAAACAUCAUCUGUUGGAUCUGGACAGACGUACAGCAUCACUAACAUUAACUCCAGACACAGUGGAAGGUUUUACUGUGAGGUUCAGAAUAAAGACAGAUCUCAGAAAUCUGAUGCUGUAUCAGUCAAUGUUAAAGGAAAAAUGAUGAUAUUUCACUUAAUUAUUGGAUUGUUGAUUUUGGGUGCUGUAGUUUUUAUCGUGGUGUUGAUAAUUUGGAGAAUCAGGUGGAUGAAAAAGAGAAAUAGCUUUCAGACGGUUCAUCAUAGUCCUUCUCACGACAGCCAUAAAACAUGUGAUGACCUGUAUGAGAAUCUAAGGGAACUGCAGGAAAAGCAGUAG